AUGGAGGAGGGGGACGCGGAGGGAGAAGGGCCCAUGGCGGUCAGAGAGGGGCCGGGCGACCGCGGCCUCCCGCCGGACGCCAGCACCACGACCACCACCACCACCCUCCUGGCGUCUGUCAAAGAGCAGGAGCUGCAGUUUGAGCGGCUGACUCGGGAGCUGGAGGAGGAGCGGCAGAUCGUGGCCAGCCAGCUGGAGAGGUGCAUGCUGGGAGCUGAGUCGCCAGCGGGAGACAGCAGCAGCUCAUCGGAGAAGUCGUUUGCAUGGAGGUCUGCAGGUGGAGAGUCGUUGGGCGGAGCCAUGGAGGCGUCUGGACGCCACCUGGAGGCGGAGGAGGGACUCUAUCCGCCCGAGCAGGACCGCAACUCCCUGAAUGACAGUGAGGACUCGGGAGGUCACUCGGCCCACAUGACCACGUACUCGGACAGCGGGUACCAGGACAGCAGCGUCAGCUACUACAGCAACCAGAACGUGGUGCGUUCGGAGCCCCGGGCCUCGAUAUCGAGAAGCCCGAGGGCGGAGGGCCAAGCCUCCGGGCAGGCGUCCAGCCGGGUGCUGCGGAGGAUGUCCUCCCUCCCCUCCAGGAGCCAGUCUCCUGGCGGUGGCACCGCCGGCACCGUGUCGCCCUCCCGCAUCUCCCUGCGCACAUCCCAAGGCAGCACCUACGACUCGCCCAUCCUCUCCGAGCCCAAACCUCUGGCCGCCGUGUUCGCCGGCACCCAGAUGCCGCUCUCCUGCCCGUCGCCGACCUCUCCGACCCGGGGCAUGCAGGCCCUGGGUCUUGGGGGAAUCGGCGUCUUAGGAGGAGGAGGCAAUGGCGGGCGCCUGGGCUCCACCCUCUCUCUGGUGGAGGGGAGGGUUUUGACGGGCUCGCCGCUGCGCUCGGGGAUGAUGGCGGUGCCGCAGCACUACGGCUCCACACUGCCCAGACAGAGCCAGCCGCUGGCCUACGGAGCUGACCCGUACGGCCUGUACCAGAGGAGCGCACUGCCCCGCCCCGACAGCCUCAUAGGGCUCCACAGCUCAUACGCCGGCCACGUGGGGCAGAUGGAUCCAGAGCUGAGGGCGGCGCUGUCUCCAGACUGCCACAUGACGCCUGUCUUCGACGAGCGAUCCUUCCACAGCCCUCUGUACCAUAGCCCCUCCCACGACCCCCAGGGCUCCCUCUACAGGACAGGCAUGGGGACACUCCCUCGGGCCACAAGCCAUUGCGGCACGCUGCCAUACCAAAGAAGCAGCUACGGGCUGAGCACUGCAGCUCUGUACGUCGACUCCUACAGGGCGCCCGGCGAGCCCGGCUACUCGCACCGGCACUCGGGUCUGAUGGACCGGGUUGCUACACGCACCCCGUCCAUCGAGAGCAUCCAUAAGGACCCUAGGGAGUUUGCCUGGCGGGACCCCGAGCUGCCAGAGGUCAUCCACAUGCUGCAGCAUCACUUCCCCUCCGUCCAGGCCAACGCCGCCGCCUACCUGCAGCAUCUGUGUUACGGGGACAACAGGAUCAAGGUGGAGGUGUCUCACCUGGGCGGCAUCCAGCACCUGGUCGACCUACUCGACAACAAGGCGGCGGAGGUUCAGAAGAGCGCCUGCGGGGCCCUGAGGAACCUGGUGUACAGCAAGGCCACCGACAACAACAAGGUGGCGCUGAGGAACUGCGGCGGCGUGCCCGCGCUGCUGCGACUCCUCCGGAAAACCACCGACAACGAAGUGCGCGAGCUGGUCACAGGUGUCUUGUGGAACCUCUCCUCGUGCGACGCGGUGAAGAUGACCAUCAUCCGCGACGCCCUGAGCACGCUGACCAACACGGUGGUCAUCCCCCACUCGGGCUGGAGCAGCGUCUCCCACCGCGAGGACCACAAGGUCAAGUUCCAGUCGUCCCUGCUGCUGCGAAACACCACCGGCUGCCUGAGGAACCUGAGCUCAGCAGGGGAGGAGGCGAGGAGUCAGCUGCGUUGCUGCGAAGGUCUGGUCGACUCCCUGCUCCACGUCCUCAAAGCCUGCGUCAACACCUCCGACUACGACAGCAAGAUUGUGGAGAACUGCAUUUGCACCCUGAGGAACCUCUCGUACCGGCUGGAGGUGGAGAUGCCCUCCUCUCGUCUCCUCGGCAACCAGGAGCUGGACACCCUCCUGGGCUUCUCCUUUCCGGGCAAGGAGCUGGACUACCUCUGCUGGGGCAAGAGGAGGCGCGGCAGGAAGCGCGGCGGCUGGCCCGACGACAAGUGGGACGACGGGGGGCCGAUCCCAGGCUUCUCCCAGCCUCUGAGAGGAGCCGAGCUGCUGUGGCACCCGAUGGUGGUGAAGCCGUACCUCAACCUGCUGGCCGAGAGCUCCAACCCCGCCACGCUGGAGGGGGCCGCCGGGUCACUGCAAAACCUCUCCGCCGGGAACUGGAAGUUCUCGGCGUACAUCCGGGCGGCGGUGCGGAAGGAGAAAGGUCUGCCCAUCCUGGUGGAGCUGCUGAGGAUGGACAACGACCGGGUGGUCUGCUCCGUGGCCACAGCGCUCCGCAACAUGGCGCUGGACAGCCGCAACAAGGAGCUCAUAGGAAAGUAUGCCAUGCGCGACCUGGUGAACCGGCUGCCCGGCAGCAACCCGUCGGUGCUGUCGGACGACACGGUGGCGUCGGUGUGCUGCACGCUGCACGAGGUCACCAGCCGCAACAUGGAGAACGCCAAAGCUCUAGCAGACAGCGGCGGCAUCGAGAGGCUGGUGGACAUCAGCAAAGGGCGAGGGAAGGGGUACUCGAUGAAGGUUGUGAAGGCGGCGGCUCAGGUGUUGAACACACUGUGGCAGUACAGGGAGUUGAGGAACCUCUACAAACAGGACGGAUGGAACUACACCCACUUCGUCACUCCCGUCUCCACCCUGGAGCGAGACCGCUACCGCUCCCAGCCGACCCUGCCCACCAGCCCUCUGCAAAUGUCUCCUGUUAUCCAAUCAGGCGGUAGUGCAACAUCUUCUCCAGCGAUGCUCGGGAUACGAGGACACAGUUCAAACUAUCAGAGGGCGCAGUCGUCUAUGCAACUCGACACCUAUUACGGAGACAACAGUUUACACAAGCAGCAGUACACAGGGUCUGAGAAGAAAACGCCGUAUUUCAUCGGGACAUAUUCUUCCCAGUCAGGGGAGGAUCUGAGAAGAUCCCAGCACCCGGAGCCAUUCUACGACGAGCCCGACAGGAAGAACUACAACAGCUACAGAAUGUACCUGUCGUCCCCUCAAGGCUUCGGGGAGGAGCAGUACGACGACGAGCCGGUCCACCUGACCCCCUCCUCCCCCGACGGCUACGCCAGCCAGUCCCUCCGGUUCAAAGCCAACACCAACUACGUGGACUUCUACUCCACCACGCGGAGGCCUUCCAACAAGGCCAACAAGUUCACGGGCUCCCCCGACUCCUGGGUGUAG